AUGCCGACCAGUGUCUUCGGAAACAGUUUCUAUGAUGACUCCAACGAGGAUAUCGCCCAAUUGUCGCCGGGCUUUCGGCCUGGGAGCAAGGAUGACGAUCCGGGGUACGAAGGUGAAGUGCGCCGGCCGUCGGUAGCCAGUCAGAAUACCGCCGGAAGCUCCGGGUCCAAGACGUCGAGCCACAGCCGCAGUUUCCACAAGAAGCUUCACGGUUUCUUCGGCGACGAGUACGCGGAAGCCGUGUCUCGACAGAACUCCCAGACCAGUCUUCCCCCGGGAGCAUUGUACUCGUUCGCUGAUUCCUCGCAAUCGCGUGCGCGCCACCGGAACAAUUCGUUCAACCAUAUGGGGGUCGGCAGCCGACCCGCUUCGCCAAGAAGUCAUUCUCGCCCACGAACGCCCCUGCCCUCGAGCGAGGUGACGCCAUGGGAGUUCCAGGAUAUGAAGGAACCGCCUGCUUCAACGGAUCGUCGAACUAUUAGCUCCAAUGAUUCGAACCGCACCGCGAGACCCUCCAUUUCGACCGGCCACAAAUUGCAUCUCCCGGGACAUCGUCACAGCAGAAGCAAAGAAGACCACAAGGUCUCCGACCCCGAUCAAGCCCUCCAACCACGCCCACGAACCUCCCGGGAAGGCUCCGUGCAGAAUUUGCGCCGUGCCGACUACCCACUCCCAAACCUCCCCAACACCAACUCAUCGUUCAAUUCAAAAACGUCGCUCGCACCCCGCGCAGCGAGUCCGACACCGAGCGCACACAGCGGACCCGAAUUCGCACAGCCCGGUCCGAAAAGGAAGGGCACGGUCUCUGAAUUCCCGACCAACGGACGAGCCAUGAGUACCUCCAAGGAAGCGCAGAAGCGCGACCACCACCGGUUACCGUUUGUGGGGUCGAAGAAGGGUCAGGAGAUCAAAGAGGCACAGAAGCCCCGGGAUCCGAACGUCGCGCGCUCGGACGCUCAGAAUGCAUCGCUGUGGUUUCUCGACACUGAUUUGAGCAACUUAACUGACAUCAUCAACCCCCACCCGGCACCCAUGACCCCUCCUGGGAACGACUCCAAUUCCGCGCCGUGGGCUGGGGAGGAGCCGCCUCCUGAGUCGAAAGAAGAAGAACCAAAUCAUGGAGGUUGGGAAGCGCCGGAGUCUUGGGCAGUGAAGAACCAGGCCGACGAGAAUCUCGGACGCUUGAGGGAGUUGGACGAUAGUGGGUUCCCGACCAGCGACGAUCAGGGGACUUCAUAUGGUGCUCGUAUAUUCCGGCACGACUCGACCUUCAUGACCGUGUCGUUACCCCUUAAUGCCACAGUCAACGACAUCAUCCAGAUGGUAGGGAAGCGAACCGUUCUGCAAGACGAAUUGAACAAUUACCAUAUCGUGAUGAAAAAACACGAUACAUCCCGACAGCUCGAUCCCCAGGAGCGGCCGCUCGCCAUUCAGAAGAGGCUGUUGGAGCAAGCCGGAUAUACCGACAUCGAUCGCAUCGACGAAGUCGGUCGUGAGGACAACAGCUACUUGUGUCGUUUCAUAUUCCUUCCAGCGAAAAUGACCGGCUACUCCACCUUAGACAAGGACGACCCCGGCUUCAACAAGAUGCAGAAAUUUAACCAUAUUGAUCUUUCCGGGAAGAAUCUCAUCACCAUCCCCAUCACGUUGUACCAAAAAGCUAACGAGAUCGUCUCUCUCAACCUUUCCCGCAACCUCUCCCUCGAUGUCCCGAAAGAUUUCAUCCAAGCGUGCGUGAACCUGCGCGAUAUCAAGUACAGGGGUAACGAGGCAUGGAAACUGCCACCGAGUUUGAGCCUAGCCAACCGCUUGACCAUGCUCGAUCUAUCCAACAACCGACUGGAGCAACUGGAACAUGCAGAGCUGUACCAACUGGAAUCACUGCUUGGUCUGAAAUUGGCGAACAACCGGCUAACGCAUCUGCCAACGUACUUUGGACAAUUCCGGUUCCUUCGAAGUCUCAACCUUUCAUGUAAUUCACUGACGGAGUUUCCCGACUUUUUGUGCGACCUCAAGAACAUGGGAGAUCUGGAUAUCAGCUUCAAUUCAAUUAGCGCAGUGCCGAAAAUCGGACGCCUCACCAAGCUGGAGCGACUCUGGGCCACGAACAAUCGUCUUACGAAGUCGUUUCCUGCAUCGAUCACGAAUCUGACCAAACUCAAAGAGGUCGACGUCCGGUUCAAUGCCAUGGAAAGUAUUGACGUCCUGUCCCAGCUUCCACAGCUCGAGUAUCUCCUCACCGGCCACAAUCGCAUUUCCGCCUUCGAAGGAACGUUCGCAAGGAUCCGGGUGUUGGAAAUGGACCACAAUCCAGUCACUCGGUUCGGCUUCUCUGCCAGCAUCCCCUCCCUAAGCAUUCUCAACCUCGCUUCUGCCAAACUGGCUCAGCUCCCGGAUGAUCUGUUCCAGAAGGCUCCUUCAUUAACCCGCCUUAACCUCGACAAGAACCAUUUCGUGUCACUAUCACCUCACAUCGGCCGGCUCGCGCAUCUGGAACAUUUCACGAUUGCCCGCAACCUCCUGAGCAGCUUGCCAAAGGAGAUUGGCCGCCUGGGGGAGCUCAAACAUUUGGAUAUCCGUGCCAACAAUCUCACGUCUCUACCCCCCGAACUAUGGUACGCCCGGAAACUGGAAACCCUGAACGUCUCCGCCAACGUGCUUGACACCUUCCCGAAACCGGGUGCACCUCUCCCGAAUCUUCCACACGACCCAAGUGACAUGCCGACUCCUGGGUCCGGCUCGACACAAAAUUUCGACGAGCUUGGUAGACUCGAAGAUUUUCAAUCCCGGAGACCGAGCCAGGCCUCUGGGUAUCUGAGUGUUGGUAGCUCAUCGGGAGGCAGUGUCCAUCGAAAGGGAUCAAUGAGCUCCAGCUUCACCCAGAACGGCCGCAAAGGAUCGGCCAUGUCCCGCGCCACGACCGAAGGGACCAUCACGCCCGUCUCUCGGAAAGAUUCAAGUCUCUCAGGCCGGCUAGUAAAUACAUUCGCAAGUUCCUUGAAGCAUUUGUUCCUUGCAGACAAUCGACUCCCCGACGAUAUUUUCGACGAACUCGCCCUACUGCCAGAUCUACGCAUUCUCAAUCUAUCUUAUAAUCUACUUUACGAUAUUCCACCCCGAACCUUGCGUCGAUGGCCGCAUCUCACCGAGCUGUACUUGUCAGGGAACGAUUUAACGACCUUGCCCGCUGAAGAUUUGGACGAGGUGGUCUCUCUCCGAGUCCUCCACAUUAACGGAAAUAAGUUCCAAGUCUUACCGGCGGAGCUCGCCAAGAUACAAAAACUUGCCAUCAUGGACGUUGGCAGCAAUCUGCUCAAGUACAACGUCAACAAUUGGCCUUACGAUUGGAAUUGGAACUGGAACCACAACUUGAGAUAUCUUAAUCUGUCCGGGAACAAGAGGCUGGAGAUCAAACCGACCGGCUCUUACAUGGGGGGGGCUGGACGUGGUGGAAAGGAUCUCACCGACUUUACAUCGUUGUCCAAGCUGCGUAUCCUUGGCUUAAUGGACGUUACCCUGAUGGUCCCCUCCGUGCCCGAUCAAACUGAAGACCGAAGAGUCCGCACCUCUGGUUCGACCGUUGGUAGCAUGGCAUAUGGUAUGGCCGACAGCCUGGGUAGGAAUGAGCAUCUCUCGAUUUUGGAUCUAAUCAUUCCCCGGUUCCGAAACCACGAUGACGAGACGCUGGUCGGUAUGUUUGAUGGCCAGCCCAUCUCCACCGGAGGUUCGAAGGUCGCCAAGUACCUGCACGAAAGCUUCAAGGACCGCUUCACGGAUGAGUUGGAGAAAUUGCGCGGGCCGGAAACCCCAGUCGAUGCGCUCCGGCGAACGUACUUGACUCUCAAUAAAGACCUCGCCAUUGCGGCGAACUCGAAGGAUUCCAAGACUCAGAUGGUCCAUCGAGGCUCCAUCGGCAUGCCGGAGCUAGGCGAGGACGAUUUGGCCUCCGGCAGCGUCGCGACGGUGCUUUUCCUCAAGGAUAUGGAGCUGUUCGUCUCCAACGUAGGAGAUGCCCAAGCCCUUCUGAUACAGUCGGAGGGAGGCCAUAAGAUGAUCACGCAACGCCAUGACCCUGCCACCGUCACUGAACGUCUUCGAAUCCGAGACGCGGGAGGAUUCGUGUCACGACAAGGGAAGCUGAACGAUGUCCUCGAGGUCUCCCGGGCGUUCGGUUACAUUUCCAUGACCCCCGCUGUCACUGCCGCUCCGCAGAUCAAUCACAUCACCCUUCGAGAGUCGGAUGAGAUCAUCCUUAUCGCUUCACGGGAGCUCUGGGAAUACUUGACCCCCGAAUUCGCCGUGGAUGUCGCUCGCUCCGAACGAAGCGAUUUGAUGCGCGCGGCGCAGAAGCUUCGGGAUCUGGCCAUCGCAUUUGGUGCCACGAACAAGAUCAUGGUGAUGAUGCUAGGUGUCAGCGACCUUCGGCGACGCGAACGAGCGCGGUUCCGCACCCACAGCAUGUCCAUGGGUCCAAUUAGUAUGCAGGACGAUUUCUUCACCGUGAGACAACGGAAGAGAGGGAAAGAGGGCGUGGCCGAUCAAAAUAUUGCUCGUCUCGAUCCCGAGGUUGAUGCACCGGUCGGCGAAGUGAGCUUGGUGUUUACGGACAUCAAGAACUCGACGUUGCUAUGGGAGACGUUCCCGAUUGCGAUGCGCUCAGCCAUUAAAAUGCACAAUGAGCUGAUGAGGAGGCAACUGCGGCUCAUCGGUGGCUACGAGGUCAAGACGGAAGGUGAUUCAUUCAUGGUCGCGUUUCCCACCGUCACUUCGGCUCUCCUGUGGUCCUUCACGGUACAGAGCCAGCUGUUAGAAGUCCCAUGGCCAGAGGAGAUCUUGAACAGCGUCAACGGACAAGAGGUGUUUGACGGCGACGGAAACAUCAUCUUCAAAGGUCUCUCCGUUCGCAUGGGUAUCCAUUGGGGCGCUCCAGUUUGUGAAGUCGACCCCGUAACGAGGCGUAUGGACUACUUUGGCCCUAUGGUCAAUCGGGCUUCACGUAUCUCAUCAGUUGCGGACGGCGGACAGAUUACCGUCUCGUCCGAUUUCAUCGCGGAAAUCCAACGGCUCUUGGAGACGCACUAUGAGUAUGACCGGUCCGGGUCAACCGGAUCCGAUGAUACCAUGGGCGAUGAUAUCCUGAGCCAUACCAUCCUACGUGAGCUUCGAUCAUUAAGCAGCCAAGGCUUCGAAGUCAAAGAUCUCGGUGAGCGACGACUCAAGGGUCUUGAAAAUCCCGAACGCGUCUAUUUGAUGUACCCACAUGCCCUAGCGAACCGUCUCCUCGUCCAACAACAACGAGCGGAAUCCGAGAAAUUGCACCGAACUAGCUCGGGACUAAUGGCCAACAAGCCACAAGAGACCAAACUUAUCAUCGACGCGGAAACGGUUUGGAGCCUUUGGAGCGUCAGUUUGCGCCUGGAGAUGCUGUGCAGCACGCUCGAGGACCCAGACACGACCCAACUGAAGGCACCGGAAACCGCCAUAUUGGAACGAAUGAGGACCCGUAGCGGGGAGCUCACGGAUCGAUUCCUGAUCAACUUCGUGGAGCAUCAAGUUUCACGGAUCGAGACAUGCGUCACCACUCUCGCCCUUCGAAACAUGGUCCGGCCAUUCCAAGGUGGACUCCUUGGGCAAGCGUGUCCGAUGGACGAGAUUCUUACCGACCUUACCUCGCAGCUUGGGGAUCUUCAGCGGAUGAAAGCAGAGGUUCAAACGCCCUCCACACCGUCUCCGUAA